UGGACUUUCGAUUCAAGCGUUCUGCGGAAUAAACUAAAAGUACCUAUUCUUGUUUCCUUAUGUCUCUGACCCCUAUCUAUUUUGGAUUAUUAUUUCUUGAUAAGUCGCUUUCUAUGAGUUUGUAUCGUAUUCGUUUAGUAUGUAUGCCUGGCCUAUGAAUGGGCCCUUGCGUCUCUACGCUCACAUGCCAAAUUCCUCUUCUGGUUUGAUAGCGGUCUUGCUUUCUCAUCUAUUCAGUGACCUUUCUCGUUUCAAGUUUAUCAAUACCUCGCUAACAAGCUUAACCUGUCCCCGGGAUCCCGAGGCCCCUCUAUGCGUUGCAUCUCGUCAGUACUUUUUCUCAUGCUUACUUUAUGAUACCAUUCUUGAGACCAUUGUUGUCCUCGUCCAGAUUACGACUUGAUGCCCUGGAGUUUCGGAUAUCUUUUCUCUUUUACUG